AUGCCUGAAAAUAAUGAUGGUGCCAAAGUCUGCGCAGAAACACAUAGGGAUAAUUGCAAUGAUGGGUCAGCUGGUUGCAUAAAUAAUGAGAUCAACAAUGGUGCUGAAGGAGAUGGGAUAGACAUAAACAUGUGUAUGAUGGGUCUGCAAGGAUGUGUAACUCGUAGGUAUUUCGUUUUUGUGAAAAAGGUUACUAUGAGGGAUUCAUCGCUUGUCAAGACCUGCCAUGGCAUCCACUAA